ACCGCGUCUCUUUCAAGAUUGGAAGGUGACAAUCCGAUCCGCAUGCGCCGGCUUUCAUUCCUAGAGCUCAAGUUCGCAUCAAGGAAUUUUUCUGCGAUACCACGAAGUUGCAAGCUUUUGCUUGCUUUUACGACCCUCCCAAUUCUGCUGUCGCGCAUUUGGCAGCAAGCUCAUAGCCUGUAUCUUAUUCCAUCUGCACUGUUGGACGCUUAGCCUUCAGCGUACUCACCAGAAGCCGUCAGGUUCUAGGAAAGCCAUCACGAUGAGUAAUCGACAAGAUCGUCCAGCCCGCCAAAUCAGAGGCCCCCAGUCGGCUCUAACGGAUUUCUUGGCUUCGCAAAACAUCUCGGCGAAUCGUAUUCGUGCAGAUGCGGAAGCCCGACGCAAUGCCGCCGCUGCAGCUAAUAACCAGGGCGGCUCUAAUGGCACUGCAAACACUGCCAAUGGCGCAACCGCAACUGGUGAUGUAGACGACGAUAACGAGGAAGAGGCUGCUGAGGUACAAGUUCCGUCAGCAGCCCGCAGCCGAGCCGAGGCCCAAAAGCGCAAGAGGCAGGCUGAAGCUAUUGACAAGAUCCAAAAAUCGAAGGCCUUCAAGCGGAGAAAGCGCAACAACGAGGAUUCAGAUUCGGAUGAUCUGGCUCGUGCCAUUUUCCAAGAGAAGUCAGCACCUCUCCCAGGCCAGAUGGAGAACUGCGAGAUCUGUGACAAGCGCUUCACCGUCACCCCUUAUUCGCGUGCCGGCCCCAAUGGUGGCUUACUCUGCAGCAAAUGCAGCAAGGACUUUGCCAAGGAUGAUGAGGGCGUGAACAAGUUGAAGAAGAAGAAGUCGGGACCCGCAGGUGCCAGCAGAAGAAAGUUGCAGAGCCGAAUCUUGGACGGCAUGUACGCAGUUGGCGCGAAGAGCCUGAUGACCCUCUGCAUCGAGACGUUGGCGAAGAACAUCGAGCUUGCAAGCGACCUUGGCGAUCUACCCCCUUUUCUGGUCGAUCGCAUUGCGCGAAUACUGUCUAAGCGCCGACUGCUCACUUCGCAAUGCCUCGACUUGUUCUUGCAACCCAACACCGAGGACGUCACGGUGUAUGAUGGAUCAUACCUGACCGCGAAUGACUACAUCCGAAUCUUCCAAACGGCGUCGCGCCUCAAGAACCUGAAACUUCGCAAUGCUGUGCAGUUCAAGGAUGAGGUGAUGAUGUAUCUCAUCAGCAGAAACCUCGUCCUGCAUAGUAUACACUUACAUGGUGCCAACCUUUUGUCUGAAGACUCCUGGAACGCCUAUCUUGAGGCAAAGGGCAAGACUCUCCAGAGCUUGCAGGUAUACUACACAGACAAGCACUUUGGGAAUGGCGUCGUCGCUACUCUGAAAGAUCGAUGUCCAAAACUGAAGCGGCUAAAGAUCGCCCACAAUCAGAAGGUCACAAACGAUGGCGUUGAGCACAUCGCAAAGCUCGAAGGUCUCGAGCACCUAAGUCUGAAGCUGUUGCAACCAAAAGCCACGGAGCCAUACAUCAAGGUUGUGCAGGGCAUUGGUCAAGGCCUCUGCACCUUGUCUCUGAAGGAUGUGCCUGACCUAGAUGAUCGGGUUCUUGACGCCAUCCAUGAACACUGCCGUUCACUCUCGAAACUUCGCAUCACCGACAGCGAAGUAAUGACUGAUGCGGGCUUUGCAAGACUCUUCAAGGACUGGGCCAACAAGCCACUGCUUUUCGUUGAUUUUCAAAAGUGUCGGCAUGUCGAUUCUACAAAGCCACGGGAGAACCCACACAUGGUUGGUCUCUGUUCCGACGGCUUCCGCGCUCUCAUGAAGCAUUCCGGCAAACGCCUCAGAUAUCUCAAUAUCCAUGCUUGCCGACACAUUUCUCGAGAAGCAUUCGAGGAGAUGUUUUCUGACACAGAAGUGUACCCUGACCUCCUGGAACUCGAGAUCAGCUUCUGCGAGAAUGUCACCGACUUUGUGGUCGGAUCCAUCUUCCGAAGCUGCCCCAAGCUGAAGGAGCUGAAUGUGUUCGGCUGCAUGAAGGUAAAGGAGGUUCGCGUGCCCAAAGGGAAGAUCUUGGUCGGUGUUCCCAAUGCUGUGGGCAUGAUCAUCGAAGGCUCUGACAAUGAUUCCGUUCCCCAAGCUGGCAUGCCUUGCACUCGUUCUGACACUGCCAAUGACAAGAUCAACGGCGCGACGAAGCAAGAUUGAUUAGUUCAGCAUCGUCUGAGUUAUCAUGCGCUGCAUCGUAUACUCUGAGACUUUUGUCGCCUUCAUGUAAUUUACUGCAGGAGGAGUAUGUUUCUGGCUCAAUAACCGACCAGUUUUGCUACGGCAUGAAGGGUGGAUGGAGUCCGUUUACGCAUGGACGAGCGCGCAGUUGUAUUUGACUGCAACGUAGAUAGCAUGAAAUCCAUUGCCAAAUUGAACUGCUGGGCUAAUCGGUCACCAGAUGACAAGACGUAGGCGCGGCGAUUCCGAGAAGCCUGCGCUCCGAUGACUCCCAUGCCAGAAGCAGAGACGGAUACAACCACAUGUACGCAAGUUCAUCUACGAAAUACUGCAUGUUGUUCUGUUUGCAAUUCAGUAAGCAUGCAUUGGCGAUGGUGGCGAAAUUUCCUGGUUAUUUACUUUCGAGUUUUGUACUAUAUACAUAUAAGGGUAAAGACGGUGAAGAAGUAUAGCAUCUGUGUCUCCUGG